AUAUAGUCAAAAGUGCCAGAAUUCGAAGAUUGCCCGAACGAGCUUGCCGAAGAAAAUGUGAAUAAGGAAGUGCCGGAACAUUUGUUUUAAUGUCAUAUUGAAAAAUUAGACUGUGAAUUACAUGAAGCAUUCGGAGAAGUACCUUGGAGAACGCUGCGAAUUGUGUAGGACCUUGGACUUCAACUGGCCCUGUCCUGAUUCCAUGUAGCAGACGAGUAUUUUGCAAUUGCACCCGUAUGCGUGAUCUGCUCGCCGACCGUACCGGCGGACAAAGCCUACGUUGUUCCGCUAGCGCGCCGCUUGCUCUGCCGUGACUGCAUGCACAACUCUGCAACUGCAUCAGCAUUCUCCUCAGCUCAGUCCUCCUGUCACUGAAAAUGGAGCGUGGCUGUGAUAUUGAAAUUGCGAAAGAUGAAAUAAGUAGCCGACCUCUUCACGGCAAUGGUUUCAAAAUUCAGGAAAAUGAUAAGGAGUCGUCAUCAGUUCAGUUGACAGAGAAAGAAAGAAAGAUAUGGAUGGCAAUGCUCUUCAUCGGAACAUCCUUGGCAUACAGCUGCCGGACUGUCAUGUCUGUUGUAGCCAUGGAAAUGGCUAAUGAGUUUAAAUGGGACUGGGCCCAGGUGGGUUUCCUUCUCGGCAGUUUCUUCUUGGGCUACCCCAUCCUACAGAUCCCAGGACUGGGGCGUGGUCUACGUGACCGUUUUGGUGAGGAUAACUUCAUUGCCGUCUGUGGUCUGUGUUGGUCUACACUAACGUUUAUCACACCAAUUGUACCAUAUGCCUUCGAAUCAAACGAGAUUGCUCUAAUGGCCAUGAUUUGUGUUCGCUUUCUGCAAGGCUUAGCUCAAGGCCCCCACUAUCCAUUCAUGAGCCGUCUUGUUUCAGCAACGGCACCUCGCAAGGGAAAAGGGUUUGCCAUUUCAGCAUUGGCUGCAGCUGUGUACUGUGGAAUUCUGGUUAACGGACUACUUGGAUCAAUAUUACUUACCCGUGCUUUUAAAUGGCACUAUCCAUUUUACCUUUUUGGAGUACUUGGAAUCAUCUGGUCAAUGGUUAUGUUCUGGUAUCUCAGAAGAAAAUAUGCGGCAAAGAUGAAGAAUCAGAGCAAUGAGGGCAUGGAGCCGUUUAUCCAAAACCUUGCCUCGUGUCAAGAGCUGAAGAAUACAAAACCAUUUUCACUUCGCAAUGUGGUUACAAAAGCAUCUUUUUGGGCUAUGUUACUAUCCCAUCAGUGUGUUGAAUUUGUCUUCCUUAUCCUGUUGUCAUGGCUACCAACAUAUUUCAUUGACACAUUUCCCAGGGAAAAGGAUCUGGUGUUUGAUUCCCUUCUGUGGGUUGGUGCUCUGUUCUCAGCAGUUUUGUCGGGACUGCUAGGUGAUUGGCUGUUGCGGAGUAGACCACCCCACACGAUCGCAAGAAAAGUGUUAGCACUGAUAACGUUCCUUGGGUUGUCCAUCCCUUGUUUCAAUGUCGGCGAGACUGACAUCUUCCGACUGGCUAUGAAGUAUAUGGCCAUAGUAGUGGCAUCUCACGCAUUCUCAUACAGCUGCAUCAGUGUGAAUUCCUUUGAUAUAGCACCAGACCACGGAGGAUUGAUUCACGGCGCUAGCCACAGCCUAGCUUCACUCCCGGGGGAUUUUUAGGGACGUUCAUCGUCGGUCACAUUCUUCAUACACGUAACUCGGACGAAUGGAAUGUUGUCUUCCAGAUGAGCGGAACCGUUGGUCUGGUAGGCCUGGCCAUCUUUACAUUCUGUGGAAGCGCUGAACCUAUCCUAUAGUAAACUGAAACCAGCCAACAACCUAUCAUAAGCAUGGCAUUGUGUCGAUCAGAAGGCCCUUUAAGUGUUAGAAUAAGGGGUGUAUUUUCAUUUGGUCCAAUGCGAAUCCGUCCAAUUGCCAACUCAUCUACUCUCAUUUGGUCUACCACAAGUUUGUCCAAUGUUUUGCAUGGUCUAAUUGCCAUUUCGUCAACUCACCUUUUUGUCUGAAAUACAGUUGGUUCAAUAGCCAUUUAGUCCAUAUACAAUUUGAUUAGGAGACAAAGUGGUCUUUAACAAACUGGUGAUUAGACAAAGUGGUGAUUGGACCAAAUGGCUAUUGGACCAAAUGGUUUUUAGACGAAAUGUUGAUGGAUGGAAUGGCAUUAGACAUAAUGAAAGUAGACCAUGUGGUGAGUGGAUGAGUCGGAAGUAGACGAAUUGGCAAUUUAUUAAUAAGGUACGUGUCAAAAGCAUGAGCCUUUCUAGAGAGGUGGCAGCAGUCUGUUUCGAGGAGUUUUUGCAGCCACCAUUAGGGGACUUACAUUGCAAUAUCCCCCCGUCGGGGCUCUUCAAUUUUUGUCUUUAAUGAAUCAAACUUUCGAAAAUUAAUGCGACCGAAAUGCAAAUUAAUAUUACCUCUUGGCAUUAAUUGCCCAAAAAAGGGGAAAAAUCAAGUUAAA